CACCCCCUCCACUGCUGUAUCCCCGCCCCAUAGAGAUUGCCACCUCCAUCUUCUAUUCUCUUGGGCUCCUCCGCUCCUCAGCUUCUUAAUUGGAUUCCCCUGCUUCCAAGCCCAAGAAGAAGAAGAAGAAAGAAGGGCAUCUUUGGUCUCAGUUUCUACCAAGGCCUAUGCUUGUCUUUGGCUUAUAAUCCCAAUCCAAAUGGUUCUUCCCAUGAGGCCAGCCAUGCUUCUUCUCUCUUUCCUCCCUUCACUUAUUCUACCUUGUUUGGCCCAGAACUGCCUCAGCGACACCUUCUCCAAUAACAGGCUCUACACCCGCUGCAGCUCCCUCGGCCGCCUCAACGCCACCCUCUACUGGACCUACCACCCUUCCAACGGCACCGCCGAUAUCGCCUACAGGGCGCAGCAGGAAUCCUCGGGGUUCGUCGCCUGGGCCAUCAACCCCUCCAGCUCUGGCAUGAUCGGCGCCAACGCCCUCCUCGCCUUCCACGACUCCGCCGGGACAGUCACCGCGAUCACCUAUCUGUUCUCCAACUUCACUCCUUCGGUGCGAGACAGCAACCUCACCUUCAGGGUUUACAGCCGGGAGGCCGAGUACUCCAACGGCAAGUACACCAUCUACUCGACGGUGGCACUGCCCGGCAACCGCACGACGUUGAACACCGUGUGGCAGGCCGGGCAGGUCAGUGGAGGGGUGCCCGUCAGUCACGCAUUAAGCGGCGAUAACAUCCGCUCGAUGGCGAGCACCAAUUUUCUGUCUGGGGUGUUAGAAUAAUUUUUAAGAAUCACGUAACAAUCUAUGUUACUCAUAAUAGUUUUUUAUUGGCGUGAUUCUAUGUUAAUCUAUAUUAAUUUUCUUUGUAAGCAUAAUCUUGUUAGAGUAAUUUUAGAGAUCACAUGACAAUCUGUAUCAUCUAUAAUAUUUUCUAUUAUUAGUGAGAUUCUAUAUCAGCC